AUGGGCGGGGGCGACUUCUGCAGUACGCACACGAAUGGCUAGCUACCUGCCUGCCUGUUUGCCUGAGACACACAGGCGGAUGCAUGGAAACUCUGUCUCUCUCUGUUUGUGCGUGUGGCCGGCAGUCGACAGGGAAAGUCAGUCAAGCCGCGGACGAGCACAUCCAUCCACACACUUAUCCACUCAUCGCUCUCUCUGUCUCUCUGUCUGUGUGUGUGUAGGCGGUCGCAGGUUCAACGCCGUCAUGAAGGAGGGUGCGCACAAGUCUCUAUGUAUAUGUGUGCGUGGGCCCUUUGCACACAAUACACACCUGCGCGUGUCGUGUGUGGGUGUGUGCGCAGGCACCUACAUGGUUAUGUACGAGAACACCGGUGCGCAUUGAGCGAACCCAUUCAUCCACAAAUCAGUGCUUUCCUGCCUGGGGGUCUCUCAGAUUUCUACGGCAACGACAUCAAGGGAUUCAACACAGACAGCGCGGCAUCGUGCGCGUACGCGUGCUUCAAACACCCCGGGUGCAAAGCAAUGUCAUGGGUCACUGACGGCCGGAAGAUCUGCCUGCUCAAGAGCAAACCUGCAACCAGAAAGUAAGUAUGAGAGGCAGAGGUAGAGACAGAGACAGAGACGCAGAGACACGUUCUUUCUGUGUCGAUCAAUCAGGGGACAUCGCCAUCGGUAUUCAGGCGAGAUUUCUUCCGCAUGCCCUUCCGGCAGAUUCUGCUGUAAGUACGCACAUUCUCAUCAACGUCGAUCGCCUCUCCGUGUGUCUGUGCCUGUUCCUGUGGCUUGCUUGUUUUGACGCGCGAACCCGCACAGACGAGAAGCAGGGUGAGGACGCCAAUGUACUCUCAUGCGUGAUGAAAAGAUCUCUCUCUCUCUCUCUCUUUUUCUCUCCGUCACAACUAAAGGAUUCGAGUCACCUCCCGAGUCACUGCCGCAGAACGCCCCACAAAUCCAGAGAUACGGUCGGUGAGAGUGAGGCAUGGACGCGCUCACGCACAAAGGCAUGCGUGGACGCAUUGAAUGGGCCUUUGUGUGACAGGCAAGGGGCCUUUCAUGGUUAUGUUCCAACGAAAGGGUCGGUGAGGCAUGCAGGGGUCCAGUCGUGGGUGGGCGUCUGGGUGACUGGAUACGCGGAUGUGAUGUCUGUGUGUAGAUUACUGGGGCAACGACAUCAAGAGCUUCCAUGCGCAGUCGAUGGAGGCCUGCGCCAAGGCGUGCUUCGAAACGAAGGGGUGCGGGGCUAUAGCGUGGAAUAUUGGCGGCCGCAACUGCUGGCUCAAGACUAAGGCGGCGAACUUCCGGUCGCUCAGUUGGCAUGUCCCCUGUGUAUCUGUUGUCAUCCUUAUGCGUGCUCUCUCUCUCUCUGCUAUCCGACGCCCAGCCACAACCACUGGCGCGCGUCGGGUUUCAUUUCGGACCUCUGCAAUAAAGGCGAUUUUUGCAUCGAGAAGGACCGUAAGCAGGCACACAGAGACGCAAUGAGCGCCUGUGGCCGGCCGGCCAUGUGUGUUUGGUUCUUGGUUGGCUGGAUGCAGCCGGCAAGAACAUCGCAUUGGGCAAGACGGCGUCGGCGAGCGGUUCGUGGCGCGGCACCACACCGAACUUCGGCAUCGAUGGUCAGGACUGUGUUCACCCCCCACCAACCCCACAGCUACAUCCACACAAACAGACGCACAAACAAGCAGACAUCCACACGUGCAGGCAAUUCUUUUGGGCGGCAUCCGGUGAUGCACAGUAGAACGGGAUGUGGCCCACACUGGUCAGUCAGUCAGUCAGUCAGUCGGCUCUUGGAUGCGACGCGAUGCGAUCGGUGUGUACGUCUGCCUGUCCGUCCGUCUUUGUAGGUGGCAGGUGGAUUUGGGCAAGGACUACCCCGUCGGCAAGAUCAUCGUAUAUAACCGAUACGAUUGCUGCGACAACAGGUAGAUAGCUAAGGACGUGACGUAGCUACACGCACAUUCGACAUACAUACUCUCUCUCUCUCUCUCUCUCUCUCGCUGACAUGCAGGGCUGACGGCAUUCAGUUCUGGAUCGGCGACAACCCCCGGACAAAGACAGGCAACGAAUUGUGCGGCACACUCAAAGGUCACCCAUAUGCCCUAUGGGACUGACCACACACCAGACACGUCACACAUCGUCAUGGCAUUGCAUGUUGAUCAGGCACCAAGUGGCUCUAUGUGCUGUGGUGUAACAUAACGGGCCGAUACGUCUACGUCGCACACACCAAACACUGCACACACAUCAACAUCGCCGAAGUAAUCAAGGCACCCAGCCCCGCCAAGCCAACACACACACACACACACACACGGACGGGACAGUGUGUGUGUCUCUCUCUGUGUGUGGGGUGGGCAUGUAGAUCCAGGUCUAUGAGCAACAACCGCUUCCUCCCGCGAAUUCGUUAUCACCUGAAAUGGACUUUUUCUCAGGUGAAAACAGACUUCAGCGUGCACUCAUGUGAUCGCUCUGCUCCUCCUUGGAGGUCUCACACAUCAGUGUAAUGAUAGUGAUUCUGCAAUGGGACGUGCCGCUAGAUAA